CCCUUUAGUCCAUUCAACGGAGUUUAUAGCAAUACCUCUUGCGAGUGUUGUCAAUCAUGCCACCCAAGACUUCCGGAAAGGCUGCCAAGAAGGCCGGUAAGGCCCAAAAGUCUAUCACCAAGGGUGAUAAGAAGAAGAAGCGCAGGAGGAAGGAGAGCUACAGCAUCUACAUCUACAAGGUGUUGAAGCAGGUCCACCCUGACACCGGUAUCUCCUCCAAGGCCAUGUCCAUCAUGAAUUCUUUCGUGAAUGACAUUUUUGAGCGCAUUGCCGCUGAGGCUUCCCGCCUUGCCCACUACAACAAGCGUUCCACCAUCACCAGCCGGGAGAUUCAGACCGCCGUCAGGCUUCUGCUCCCCGGUGAACUGGCCAAGCACGCUGUCAGCGAGGGCACCAAGGCCGUCACCAAGUACACUUCCUCUAAGUAAAUUGCUUGGUUGCUCGGUUUCUCCGGUCUCCUACAACAACAUCGGCUCCUUUAGGAGCCACA